AUGAGAAUAAAGUUUUACAUAUUGAGCCGUGAGCUGCAACUAUAUCAGUGUUUUCUACUAGGCAAGGAUUCAAGCGACAGUUAUUUAAUAGGCCACAAAAGUGAAAAACAAUUGUACAAAAAUGCAAGAGUAUUUAAAUUAAACUCUUAUGCACUGUAUUUGUUUCUCAAUGAGAUUCAGUGCUGUCCUAAUUAUCAUUCCUGUGUUGCAAGGAAUAUAAAGAGCUCAAGUAGUCAAUUUAUCAUACAAUUAAUGCCAAAUAAAAUUGAAUAUAUUGACAGAAUAUGGGGUGAAAUAGUAAGACAACUAGUAUGGGAACAGCUGGAAGUUGAGUACAUGAUGGGAUGGCUUUCAACACUAGGUGGUGCAUUUUCAGCCUUGGGAGACUAUUUUGAGGACAGAGCGGAAAUAGCAGGCAAAAUAUCAUUUCAUCAAAUGAAACUAGCUUAUCGUCUAGGAGAUCCAAAUCUGCUGUCACGCUGUAAACUGUUCCUAAGUAUUUCUUUAGUUCAACAAAACAAGUUCAAGUUUGCUCAAUUCAUCAUUAAACAGCAAUAUCAAAAUGCAUUAGAAACUGAAGAUAAUCGACUGAGAAAGAUGUGUCUUGGAAUCUGGUCUAAAUUACAGUAUACUUACAAAAUUCACAGACAAAAUAGGAAUAAGAAAAAGAGAUGUGAUAAAAUUUAA